CAAGCCGAGAGGAUGGAGCGAAUACCAGUCUAUUGGCAACUACCGCUCUUGUCGCUGAGCGCCACCGUCCAAUGCCAAUGGCAUUAUCUGCGGCUAGAAGUUGUCUCCAGCCGAUAUCGAUGCAGCCGCAUCUUUCAAAUUCACGUGCGUCUAAACAGAGGAACAAGAAGUUCACUAUGUCUGGAAAUACAUGCAGUCUUUACUCAAAGUUAAAGCAACUGGAGUGUCCGUUCAUUGAGAGUAGUGAUGAGGCAUUCAUAAACGACCUUGUCUUCAGUCCAGGAGAAUCAAGAAUACACGUGUUGCAAUGGCUGCUCAUAAGGUUUGAUUCAUCUCUCGAGCUGCAUUUAGAGGAGGCAAAGUUGUCUGCGUACAGCAAGGAGGAUCCAAGAAUCCUUAGACUUUUGCUUGUCGUCUCCAGCCUUGGACUUUGUGAAGAUAACGAUGUCGAACUAAUUAAGGGAGGAAAACCGGACAGAAAGCAGACUGCGUUGAUGGAUAGAUUAAUAAGGCUGGCAUUCACCACUGAACGAUUCGUCGUGGGUGACGAGCACUCUGAUUCAGAACCAUAUAAUGACUCAGUGCCAACUCUUCAACAGCACUUUGGCAGGUGCUGCCAUAUGAUGGACGAAAUAUUGCAAAAUGUAGACGUAAAGGAACUUUUCAGCCACACAGCAUCACUGCAUCCGCCGCACACUGAGAAAUACCUCAACAGCCAAGUUAAGAAGGGCUUAAUAAGCAAAAAGCCACCAGACGUAGCAAAACUUGUUGAUAUGUCUCGGGAGUUAUCAGAAACAAUAGAAAAGGAGACGAGAAACCUUGAAGAGCUUAAGGCUCGGAACACGUGCACCGAAUACGACGAGACUUGCAUGGACACGUUGGGAACAAGGAUGAGGCUACUGCUGACCGACUUGAAACAACUCGCGACAAACUUCACCUGUUGCUACGAAACCCAGUUAAAGCAGUGGUGCGGAAACACCGAAGUGGAGAUGUCACCGCUCGCUUUGCCCAUGAAGUGCACGUACGACUUGCUUCGCAGCUUUGCUGACAUGCUGGUAACGGUUGGAUCGAUACACGGCUCAUAUGCAAACUGUCUGACAACCAGGGAAAAGUUGAAAGCACUCCUUAAUGAAGGGACAUCUGGGAGAGGCUCUGUGAGGGAGGAGAGCUUAAGACUGGUGCGGGAAUGCGUGGCGAUAUUGGAGGAAGCUGUCCAGACCGAUACGCGCGCGUGGAAGCCCAGAAUUCGCCUUCCUGCCGACGAAAGCGUGACUGUAAAUAUGACAAGAGUGGGGAACAACACUGCAGCAGAGGUCCGCAGCAGGCCUUCACUUUUUAACUUAGACGAAUCUUUGCCGGAGAGAAAGUCGCUGUUGUUUGAACUCGCGGAAAGUUCUUUUCAUUGUUGAAAUUGGUGCGGUGUAUACAAUUUGAGUUUUUUUUUAUAAAGAAUAAAGAGCCACAUGAAGGCAGUGUAUAUACAUUUGAGUGUGUGACUGUGUGUGUGUGGCUGAUUAGUUAUUAAUUUUCAUGAGCAAUUAUAUUAAAAUUUAUUUUACCAAUAUAGACCACAUCUCAUGAUUUCGGGGUUGUACAGUUACUAGUGGUAAUAUAUUUCCCAUUUUAUAUGUGUAAAUGCCUGUUUUUGUUGUAAUGAUAUAUGUACAAUGGUUUAGAUUUACACUUCCUUGGGAUUUUAUUAAAUAAAUGUAUCAUAUUAGCAAA